AUGGCCUUAAAAAGCCUAGGGCCGUGCUCCCCUUAUAAAGAGACCAUAAACCAUAGGAAGAGAUUGCCCAUUCCCAAACUUGAAGACUCUAUCAAAAGAUACCUGAGAGCACAGGAACCUCUGUUAUCUACAGAUCAAUUCAGAAAAACAGAAGAAUUUUCCUACAAAUUUCAACAUGGAGUUGGCAAAGACCUGCAUAACAUGCUGGUUUUCCAGGAUGAGCACAGUCGGCACACUAGCUAUAUCUCAGAUAUAUGGUUGAAUUCUUAUCUAUCCCGUCGCAAACCACCUGCAUUUAACAUGAAUGUAGGCUUAGCUUUCAAACACGACCCCAAGACUGAGUUUAACGACCAGCUCACACGGGCUACCAACAUGACCAUUUCCAUCAUCCGUUUCAUGAGGGCCUUCAGAAACGGCUUGCUUGAGCCUGAGGUGCUGCACCUCUACCCAGACAAGACAGACACCAAGCUCUUCAAGGAGUGCAUCCGCUGGAUUCCCAAGGCCAUCGUGUGCCAGAUUGCUGCCAUGUUUAAUGUCUACCCCAUGGACAUGUCACCGAACUUCAGGCUUUUCAACACCGCCCGUCUGCCCAAGUUUACACGCGACAUACUUCACACGGAAGAGCGGGCAAAGCACCUUCUGGUGCUGAAGAAUGGGAACUUUUAUGUGUUUGACAUACUUCACAAAGAUGGGACAAUGAUCAGGGCCUCGGAAGUCCAUGCCAAUCUCAAGUAUAUUCUCUCUGACAAGAGUCCCAUUCCUGACUUCCCCUUGACUUAUCUGACCACCGAAAAACGAGACACCUGGGCAAAACUGAGGCAAGAUCUCUGGAUCAGUGGCAACCAGGAAGCCUUAAAGAAGAUUGAGACAGCCAUCUUCUGCCUGUGUCUGGAUGAUCUGUUCAUACAGGACCCCAACCACCUGACUCAGACCAUGCUGCUUGGCAACGGGUACAACCGUUGGUUCGACAAAUCUUUCAGCCUAAUCCUUACCAAAGAUGGCUCUGCUGCCAUCAGCUUUGAGCCUUCCUGGGCCGACUUGCUGACCAUUCUUCGCUUCAUGAAAGACGUGCUCCAAGACAGCAUCGAGGCACCCGCCAUCAUGCCCCAGGAGGACACUGUGGCCACGGAUGCCUCCAGCGCUGUGAGGAAGCUCAACUUCCAUCUGGACGACUCCCUAAGGGCAGGCAUUGAGAGUGCCAGAGUCAGCUAUGACUUGUCAGUGCAGACGUUCUCCACCCAGCUGGUCCAUUUUGAGAAGGGGGGCAGGAUCUUCCUAAAGCAGCAGGGCAUGAGCCCGGAUGCCAUGGUCCAGUCGCCUUCCAGAUGGCGUUCCUCUCUUUGUAUGGCCACAUGGUCUCCUCCCACGAGCCAUGCAGCACUGCCGCCUUCAAGCAUGGCCGGACAGAGGUUAUCCACCCCACCUCCAUUCACACCAUGCAGUGCUCCAAGGCUUUCAUCCAGCAACCCUUGA